ACUUCCGGUUGAAAAUCAUGGAAGAAGACAUGUUUACCAGUGUUUCAGAAUUAUUCAAUGAAUUCGAGAAGGAUAGAAAUUCAUCAACUUUUAUUUCAUUUGACUACAAAAAUGACGGUCAUGAGGACAAAAGUAAAAUCCUGUUUACACUCGAGAGGACCGAUGGGGAAUCAACUGAUGAAGAAAGUGAAAAUGAAAGUAACUUUACUACAUGCACAGCCCUGAAAGAACUCGGCACGACAGAUAAUGAUUCGUCGGAAAACGACGAUACUUUGAUCAUUCCAGAGAGAUUGUUCAAUGAAUCUGAAGCCCACAUUAACAAAACUAAUGAUACGAGUUAUAAAUUGACCCAUGAAAGAAAUAAAAUCAAAAGAUUUGCAAAUAUAAUUGAUUCCACUAGGUAUGUCCAUGAUGAGGAAAGCCCAGGAUGUCAAAUCAUAUUUCAAAACAACAGAUUUUCAAGAAAAUACCGACCUGAGAUUGAGAAAUUUAUAGCACAGCUGAUGGAGAGAGAUGCUUGUGAUUCAGAAGUUCUGCCUGAUGUAAAAUUGAAGGCAUCAACUCCAUCCUGUGUUGAUAUCAAUGAAAAAUUAGAUGCAACAAUGAGAACUUCUGAAAUGUGGGAGGCUCAUGCAAUUAUUGGUGCUGAUCAGUUUUACAGAGAGUGUAUUGUGGACAAAAUGGGUUUCCAGCUGACAGGAUAUGACACAGCUCUGGCGUAUGGCUGGGAAAUUCCUGUGUAUCCUUAUGAUUUCUAUACAGAACUAGUGCAGAUGUGUAUGAACAAUGCAGAUGGUAAAGCAGCAAAGCUAAAGUG